AGUAUAAUUAGGGUUUCAUUCUUCAACAGCAAGAACAACGAACGAGAACGAGAACGACGAAUAUGGAAGGAAUAACUGAAGCAGUUGAUAAUUUGAAGAUAGCGGAUGCCCCGAAGAGGAAUCGCAUUCAGGUUUCCAACACUAAAAAGCCUCUCUUCUUCUACGUCAAUCUCUCCAAGAGAUAUUUGCAGCAAUACAAUGAGAUUGAACUAUCUGCGCUCGGAAUGGCAAUUCAUUCUGUGGUAACAGUUGCUGAGAUUCUCAAAAACAAUGGAUUUGUGGUUGAAAAAAAGAUCAGGACAUUGACAAUUGACGUUAGAGAUGAUCCAGGAGCAAGACCUGUUCCUAAGGCAAAGAUUGAGAUAGUGCUGGGGAAAUCAGAGAAGUUUAAUGAAUUGAUGGCUGCUGAGGCUGAAGGAAGAGGAGAUGGAGAAUCUGAGGAACAAUCUUGAUUCCUUGUCCAUUACUACUGCAGGUUAGGUUGUUUGUGUGCAAGAAAAUUUAAUGACACUAUUUCUCUAGUAGUCAUUCUUUUGUAGGUGUACUCUGUUUCAACUAACUAAUUUGCUUUAUACUUAUCAAGUAAUAGAAUGAUUUCCAAUAGUGUUAUUUAUCGAGUUUUCACCUCAUUAGUUGAAUGUAUUUGUUGUUCCACAAAAUUAGGCUUAAUAUAGAUUAGUCUAGAAAAGUUCAUUGAAAGACAUAUAUAUACUUAUACAAUGUUAUGGACUUCAUAUUUGAUGUAAUUCAUGAUGCAUGCUGAUUGUUAUUUCA